AUGUUGAGUGCGGGCGUCCUGCCAUUGCGGCUUCGCUCGAGCUUUACGAUUUCCUCUUUGAUUCGGGGCUCUCGGCCAAUACCAUGUGUACGAUCCCUUGCGGCGUCGCGGCGUUUCCACCGUCCGACUUGUCUCCGAGAGCAACAGUCGGAGCUUCCUAGCUUCUUGGAGGCCUAUAAGAAAGCGGUUGAAUUUCCUCCUGCUACCCAUGACUUCGAAUCGUUCUUCUCGCAGGCCGAGCCCAACACCGAAGUCGUCCUGCAUGGAUACCUAGGCCAUAGAUCAGAUCUUUCAAAGAAGCUCUCCUUUGUCCGUCUGACGGAUCCGACAAUGAAACACAGCUUGCAGGUUGUUGCAUUUGCCAAGAACGAGGCCUUCGAACAGCUCAAAUCGCUCAACGUUCACAGCCCCGUCGCAGUGCGCGGGACAGUCCAAAAGAAGAAGGCAAAGCCUACUGAGGGAGAUAAACCUGCUGAGGAUACCUGGGAGCUUGCAUUGGAAGAGAUUCAUUCUCUAAAUGAUUUCCCCAAAGAGAUUAUCAUGACGCCGGAGACAGUAUUUUCGCCCGAGCACCGGUACCUUCAGCUCCGUUCGGAUGCACAGUUACGUGAUGCGCUGAGGUUCCGCGCUCAGGCCCAUAAUAUCUGCAAGCAGGAGUUGGAGCAGACCCAGCCGCCAUUCACAGAGAUUGAGACUCCGUUGCUGUUUAAGUCCACGCCAGAGGGUGCCCGCGAAUUCUUGGUUCCCACUCGCCGGGCUGGAUUGGCUUAUGCCUUGCCUCAAAGCCCGCAGCAGUAUAAGCAGAUUCUGAUGGCUAGCGGAUUGCCCCGAUACUUCCAGUUCGCGCGCUGUUUCCGGGAUGAGGAUCUUCGCGCGGAUCGUCAGCCUGAAUUCACCCAGCUAGAUCUCGAGAUGUCAUUCGCGAAGGGCGAAGAUGUGAUGCGUACAGUUGAAGGAGUUAUUCGACGCCUCUGGUCCACUCUGAUGACAGACCCUGCCCCGGAGGGCCCUUUCCGCAGAGUUUCAUACCAAGAGGUCAUGGCCCGCUAUGGAUCUGACAAGCCAGACACCAGAUACGGCAUGGAAAUUAUUAAAAUUGACCACUUGCUACCCGUUGACCUUGUUGGCAAGAUUUCGGACUUGAAUGACCCAAUUGUCGAGGCCUUCAAGCUCGAGGGCAACGAAAACAACCCAGCCGAAACACACCAGUUUAUCAGCCAGUUCCUCGACUCCCCAGCAGGUGCUCCAUUUAACAACAACCCCGACGGUGGGCCAGGUGUCUUCGUAUAUAAUGGCAAGCAGCCACUCUGCGGCCUACAGCCUUUCGGCUUCGAAGCCGCCGAGCAAGUCGAAGAACUUCUGGAUCCGGACCACGGCGACCUAAUUAUCCUGCAAGCCCGUCCUCGCGCCCCCUUCUCUGGCGGCUCUACACCAAUCGGUGACCUCCGACGCGCUCUCCAUGCCUUCGCUGUCUCAUCAGGCUUCAAGCCCGCUCCUACCGGCUUCGACUUCAUGUGGGUCGUAGAUUUCCCUCUCUUCUCCCCUUCAUCCGACACAGAGCCUGGCCAAGGUGGUGCAGCCGGCCUUUCAUCCACCCACCACCCUUUCACCGCACCCAAGACCGCUGCCGACGUGGAUCUCCUCCUGACAGACCCCUCCAAAGCGGUCGCAGACCACUACGAUCUCGUCGUCAACGGCGUCGAGCUUGGUGGCGGUAGUCGACGUAUCCACGACGCUGCUGUGCAGGAGUUCAUCUUCCGUGAUAUUCUGCAGAUGCCAGCCGAGCGUCUCGGGGACUUCUCGCAUCUGCUUGAUGCUCUGCGCGCGGGCUGUCCGCCCCAUGCUGGUUUGGCGCUGGGAUUCGAUCGCCUGGUUGCUGUCAUGCUGGGUAAGGAGUCUGUGCGGGAUGUGAUUGCUUUUCCUAAGACUGGUAAGGGUGGUGAUGAUGCUAUGGUUCGGGCGCCUAGUCCUAUGACGGCUCAAGCGUUGGAGACAUAUCACUUGCAGUUGCGGAAGUAG